AUGCUGCACUGCCCCAACCACCCGGACGCCCAUCUCAUCGAGGACCACCGCGCCGGCGACGUCAUCUGCCCGGAGUGCGGCCUCGUCGUCGGUGAUCGGCUCGUCGACGUGGGCACCGAGUGGCGCUCGUUCUCGGACGAGCGCAGCGGCAACGACCCGUCGCGUGUCGGCGCCCCGGAGAGCGCGCUCCUCUCCUCCGGCGACCUCUCCACCCACAUUGCCGUGGGCUAUGGCGCCAGCGAGGCCGAUCAGAGCCUGGCCAGCGCUCAGCGGCGCACGAUGAACGGCACCGAUCGCCAGAUGAUCCAGGCGAUCGGCAUGAUCCGCGAUAUGGCCGACCGGAUUCAUCUCACCAAGACCACUCAGGACAUCGCUGCGAAGAUGUACAAGGACGUGCUCGACACGAAGAUCCUCAAGGGAAAGAAUGGGGAAGCCCAGGCGGCCGCUUGCCUCUACAUUGCCUGCCGCAAGGAGGGAUACGCGCGCACCUUCAAGGAGAUCUGCGCCGUGUCGCAGGUGUCGAAGAAGGAGAUUGGCCGCUGCUUCAAGCUGAUCGUGCGCGCCAUGGAGACCAACCUCGAGCAGAUCACCUCCGUCGACUUCAUGUCGCGAUUCUGCGGCAAUUUGGACCUCAACCACGAGGUCCAGGCUUGCGCCAGCCACAUUGCCAAGCGGGCCGUCGCCCUCGAUCUCGUCGCCGGCCGCAGCCCGAUCUCCAUCGCCGCCGCCGCCAUCUACAUGGCCUCGCAGGCUUCCAAGGACAAACGCUCGCCGAAAGAAAUCGGCGACAUUGCGGGCGCGGCCGAGGUGACGGUGCGCCAGGCGUACAAGCUGCUGCUGCUCAAGGCCGCCGAGCUGUUCCCGCCCGACUUCCACUUCGACACGCCCAUCAACGCCCUGCCCGUCAGC